AUGUUCUGCGACCAAGCCGGACCCUUCCUUUUCGAACUGAAAGAAGAAGGUAACAAGUAUGUGAAGAUGGGAAAGAAGCAUUAUUCAGAGGCUAUCAACUGCUAUACAAGGGCCAUAAAUCAGAAAGCCUUAAGUGACAUGGAGACCUCAAUGAUAUUUUCUAAUAGGGCACAUGUAAACCUACAAGUUGGAAAUUAUGGGCGUGCUCUUUCAGAUUCAGAGGAAGCCAUCAAGCUUUCCCCAACAAAUGUCAAAGCUUUUUACAGAGCAGCAAAAGCAUCAUUAUCUUUGAAUAAGUUGGUUGAAGCACGAAGGUUUUGUGUAAAAGGAGUCGAUGAGAAUCCAGAUAAUGUAGAACUUAAGAAGCUAUGUGAGGUGAUUGAUUCACAAAUAUCACAACGCCAACAACACGAGGCCCAAGUUUCCAAAGCUUUGACAGCAGCUAAGGAUCUAGUGUCAGCAAUUGAAGAGAGAGGAUUGAAGAUUGGAAAGGCAAUGUUCCAAGAAUUAACAGGACUGAAAAAGCCGAUAUUAGAUAAAGAUCGUAUACUUCACUGGCCUGUUAUUCUCCUUUAUGCAGAGGUUAUGUCUAGCGACUUCAUUGAGGACUUCUAUAGUGGUGCACCAUUGCCAUGGGAUAAAGAGAGUGCUUACACUCGUGAUGCCAUUGAGUUGUACUAUGAGGCGGGGUCAGGGGUAGGUUUGUCCAAGAAGGAAAUUAUUAGCAAUUUCUUACAGGGUACAGCUGCUUCCCAUCUUGAGACAUUUGGUGAUGAUGAUGAAACAGAUGCAGUUAAACCUUCACCUUCAGUUGGGGGAGAAGGUGGUUCAAAAUGGGUGAAAGUGAACGAAAGAAGAACCCUUCAUUCGGUUCUCAAAGAAGACAAAUUUGUUAUCCCUGGGAUUCCUGUGUUUUUUGCUGUUUCAAAAAGAUCCAAGAGCUUCUACAAGAAAUUCAAAUCUGGGAAUUGGUCCCUUCCAUCCUGA